CCACUGCCGCUAUCCAUCACUGAAGAUAUACGGCAGAGCUUUUACUCCUUGUUCUCCCAAAAUCGUUGGUUUUCUCUUUUAGGAUUCUCCUCGGUUUCGGGCGAAAAGAUCUUUCAUUUGCAGGUGGGUGUUAUUGUGUUCUUGGAAUUGUAGUCUAUUCAGUAUAAACAGUCGAUUUUCUCAUCUGGGUAGGCGAGAUUUUGUGUUCUCAGCUAGUGGAUUUAGUUGUGGGAGAUCUGGGGCAUGGGAUGUUCUGGUGAAUUUGAUCCAAAAAUUGGUUACUGUAGUUGGGUUUUUUGUUGCAAGUCCUGAAAGGGAAGGAGAAUGGAGGGAGGAAAAGAUGAGGAAAAGAUCACAGGUCCUAUGUUUCCGAGGCUCUAUGUUAAUGAUAGAGAGAACGGGGGGCCGAGGGCACCUCCGAGGAACAAGAUGGCCCUUUAUGAACAACUCAGUGUACCUUCUCAGAGGUUCAAUUCUGGGUUGACGUCAACCUUGAGCCUGCCGCGUCACAACGCUGGUAGCUUGGUUCCUUCAACGUCCUCGAGCAAGGGUGGAGGCCAUGAAAGGAGUGUGUUUUCCCCUUGUUACAUUCCUUCUCCCACACCUGCUCAUUUUUCUGAGAAGCCUCACUGCUGUUCUUCCAAUGGGGUGAAUUUAGAUGGAUUGAUGGCAGUAUUUGAGCGGAAAUCCAUGAAAAAUGCAAAUUAUCGAACAUCGAAUGCUACAGGGCACAUGCCAUCAACUCCUGAGUACAAUUUGUUCCAUCGACAUGAUCACUCCAACUCGAGGAACUCUGGUCAAAAGCAGCUUGCAGAUGAGGAUGAUGUAAGGGUUCCCACCUUUAUCCACCCAGGUGUUGCUCCUUGUCCUAAUAAGGAUAUUCCCAGCAUAGACAGAGAAAGACUUGCUCCCUUCUGCCCAACUAACCAGGGUCAUUCUGCAAUUACCCCAGUGAAUAGUCUGCUGAAAUCUGCAGCUACAAGUAGCAAUCUAUUGAAUCAACCUCAGGAUGCUUGCAAUAAGCACUCAAAACGUUCCGACACCACAGAUAUGACGUCAAGACAAUCAGUAAGUAACCACAUUGAGGAGAACCUGAAAGGGUCUUUCACAAGUAGAGAGUGUACAGAAAUGCUUGCAUCCCACAAAUUGAGUAGAGAAAAGGUUGCUGAGCCCUCAAAGUAUGCUCGUGGAUCUGCAAAUCUGGAACAUCAAAGUAGUCAACCGGAUGGUUUUGGAAGAGUGUGUGAUACUGGUGGAUGGGUACAACAGGAAUAUAGACCUGUCUUGCUCCAAAACAACACUGUUUAUGGUGAUGGGAUUUCAGUUGAAUCCGUCGGGUUGGAAAAGGGAAAUGUUUCAAGUGUGAGAAGUGAACCCUUUUCCAGAAUAUCGCCUGGAAAUAGCCGCAGAAGUCCUGGUCAGGCUGAAUUUGGGAGUGAGUACCAUGAAGACAAUUCACAUGGGUCAUUACAAGUGAGAGGCAUGGAUAGAAAUGAUGACGUCUCUGAGACCUCCAUGUUGGACUCUAUAUCAAGAUUGGAUAUAUCCCCUGAUGAUGUUGUAGGAGUGAUAGGACAGAACCGUUUCUGGAAGGCAAGAAGAGCAAUAGUCGAUCAACAAAGGGUGUUUGCUGUUCAAGUAUUUGAGUUGCAUAGAUUGAUAAAGGUUCAGAGAUCGAUUGCUGGUUCACCACACCUCUUGGUUGAGAAUAAUCAUUAUCUGGCUAAACCUUCUUUGAAGGUAUCUCCUACGAAGAAGCUGCCUGCUGAGUACCUUCUGACAUCAGUGCAACGGAAUGUUAAGCAGAAAGAUGAUUCUCAAAAUCAGAGUAUUGAAUGUGCAGCUGAGAAUGCAGUUGCAAAGCCCACUCUUCCUUCUCUAAACAAUGGUAUCAAAGGGGGACAUGUUAGUCAACAUUCAAGCUGUGGGCUUAAUUCUGGAAAUCCACCAGCAGCACCUGUUGCUACUGAUAAUAAAAUGAUUCCGUGGUGUUUCCAUCCACCUCCAGGGAAUCAAUGGUUGGUUCCCAUUAUCUCUCCUUCUGAAGGACUUUUCUACAAGCCAUAUACAGGGCCUUGUCCACCUACUGGUGGUUUCAUGGCUCCUGUUUAUGGAGGUUGUGGGCCUGUUAGCCUACCUCCAAUGGCAGGGGACUUUAUGAAUCCUGCAUAUGGAGUUAUGGCUACUCACCAACAAGGCAUAGGUGUUCUUCCUGGCACUCCUCCAGUUGGUCCGACAUACUUCACUCCAUAUGGCAUUCCAGUCAUGAGCCCGGUUACAUCUGCCUCAGCUGUUGACCAGUCAAGCCUGUUAGCUGGUACCCGGCCACAUGGGCAAGCAGAAAAAUUAUCAGCAUGGGAGGUAAAAUUCAAUAUGCGCCAAGAAAGCUCAUGCAACUAUUCAAACCAGAAUAGUGAAGCUGUUGCUAGUGGUGCUUGGAAGUUUAAGACAUCUAAAGAUAGUGAAUUACAAGGGAGUACAACAAGCAGUCCAUGUGAGAGGGCACAAGGAGCAGGGCCAGGUCAUGUAGCUGAAGAAAGGGAUCCUCUCCCACUUUUUCCUAUGGCUUCAGCUGUUCAGGUUCCGGAUCAAGAUCCUCAGGCCCAUUGCAGCGACCAGCAGACCCGGGUGAUCAAGGUUGUGCCGCACAACCCUAGAUCUGCAACUGAGUCGGCAGAACGAAUUUUCCGGUCCAUACAGAAAGAGAAACAGAAAUAUGAUUCAGUAAAUAAUUCAGUUUAGUUGAUGUUACUCUGUUGUUGUAUCUUCAUCUUAAUUCUCUUCACGCCAUGACAAAUCACACGGCGAUAAAAAUAUAUUUAGCUGAUCCAACUUGAUUGGUGUUUUGAUCCAUUUUGUCGGUUCUUUUUUCAGGUGGUUUAUGGUUUUAAUAGUUUCUUUGAUGAUAUAUUAUUUAACUGUAAAUAUUACUUCUGAAAGACUAUUAAGAAAGGUGUAUGGUUUUUUAUUUUAAA